AUGACUGGUUACACGAUAUGGAGUUUCCAUGGGGACGACAUAUCUUCAAAUACCACAGUGACAGAAAAUGUUACAGUUGAUGAAGAAGAUGAAGAUAUUGUUAACAUGCAUGACAUACUUCAAGAUGCAUUUCCCGGUCAAACCUUUGAAGGAGUUGGUGUUGGUACCACAAGUGGACACACAGAUGAAAUAAGAGAUGAUUCACAAAAAUUGCAUAGAUUGAUGCAAGAAGCAGAGAAGGCAUUAUAUCCAGAAUGUAAUGAAUUCACGAAACUGUCAUUCACUGUUGCAUUAUAUCACAUAAAGUGCCUAUGCAACUGGAGUGACAAAUCUUUCUCUAUGUUAUUGGAUUUAUUGAAGAAAGCACUACCACAAGGUAACACCUUGCCGAAUUCUUUAUAUGAAGCAAAGAAGAUGGUUAAGGACUUGGGACUCAGUUACAACAAGAUCGAUGCAUGCCCCAAUGAUUGUAUGCUAUAUUGGAAGGAUGCAUCUAAUGAAAAGUCUUGUCGCAUUUGUGGGGCAUCAAGGUAUGAAUCCAAAAGCAAAGUUCCAGAAAAAACAUUACGUCACUUCCCUUUGAUACCAAGGGUUCAAAGAUUGUAUAGGUCAUCAGUAACAUCAUCUGACAUGAGAUGGCAUAAAGAUGGACGUAUAGAUGAUGGAAAAAUACGCCAUCCUGCAGACGCAGAAGCAUGGAAGGACUUUGACAGACAACAUCCAACUUUCAGUGCAGAUCCACGGAAUGUUAGGCUGGGGAUAGCAAGUGAUGGAUUUAAUCCUUUUAAUAUGAAGAAUUCAUACAGCAUGUGGCCUGUUGUUGUCGUGCCGUAUAAUUUACCACCAUGGAAGUGCAUGAAGCAAACAUCAUUCAUGUUGACAUUACUAAUUCCAGGUCCAAAUCAGCCUGGAAAUGAUAUAGAUGUGUAUUUACAGCCUUUGAUAGAUGAAUUGAAGUUGUUGUGGGAUGGUGUUGACACCUAUGAUGCAUUAAAGAAAGAGUCGUUCCGUUUACGUGCCUGUCUUUUAUGGACAAUCAAUGACUUUCCUGCAUAUGCUAACCUUUCAGGCUGGAGCACUAAGGGUGCAUUGGCAUGCCCUUGUUGCAACAAAGACACCAUGUCAACUUGGCUAAAACACAGUCGUAAGCAUUGUUACCUAGGCCAUCGUCGGUUUCUCAAAGCAAAUCAUCAAUUUCGAUUGGAUAAGAGAGGUUUCAAUGGUAGUGUUGAGUUUGGGCUGGAACCACAACCCCUUUCAGGUACUGCUUUGCUAGCACAAAUGGAAGGUGUGAAAUUUCCUACAUUUGGUAAGGAGCCUAAGAAGGAUAAUGCCAAUAAACGGAAGAGGGUGGUAGGUCGAAAUGAACUACCAUUUAAUUGGAAGAAGAGAAGUUUAUUCUUUGAAUUGCCCUAUUGGAAGGAUAAUCUACUUUGUCAUAAUUUGGAUGUCAUGCAUAUAGAAAAGAAUGUGUGUGACAACAUCAUUGAUACGUUGUUGGAAUUGAAAGGGAGAUCAAAGGAUAAGCUAGAGGCCCGACUAGAUUUGAAAGACAUGAACAUUAGACCAUCUCUACAUCCACAGAGGAUAGAGGGGAGCUCCAAAGUGAUUGUACCUCCAGCAAGCCAUACAAUGUCCAAGGUAGAAAAAGAACAGUUUUGCAAAGCUUUAGAGGGUUUGAAGGUCCCUGAUGGUUAUUCUGGAAACAUAUCACGUUAUGUGAAAGUCACUGAAAGGGAUAUAUCUGGAAUGAAAAGCCAUGAUUGUCAUGUUUUAAUGCAGCAACUCCUUCCUCUAGCAAUUCGUGUACAUCCAAUGAAUAAUGUGAAGUUGGUGUUGCUGUCAGUGUGCGGGUUCUUUCGAUGUCUAUGUGCAAAAAUUGCUACAAAGGAUGAUUUGAACCAACUUAAAGCAAAUAUUGUAGAAACCCUAUGCAAUCUAGAGAGGAUAUUCCCUCCUACAUUCUUUGAUGUUAUGGUUCAUCUAUUGGUUCAUUUACCACGAGAAGUAUUAUUGGGUGGACCAGUCCAUUAUAGAUGGAUGUACCCUUUUGAAAGGUUCAACAAGACCCUUAAGGAUUACAAACGUAAUAAUAGACACGUAGAAGGGUCUAUUGCAGAGGGAUACAUUGCAAAUGAAUGUCUGACAUUUUGUUCUGCGCAUAUCAAAGUACUUGAGACGCGUUUAACCCGUCCAAAUAGGAAUGUUGAUAACGAAAAUCUACAAAUGGAACAACAACAUUGGAUUUUUUCAUGCAAAGGUAGACCUUUAGGAGCUGCUACAAUGGUGCAAUUAGACUGGAAAAACAUCCAACAAGCACAUCGAUAUGUUCUCUUGCAUUAUGAACCCAUUGAUAAAUAUCGGAAGUAA